ACAAAGCAUACAAACAGCAUCAUCGGUCAUCUGGACCACCAACAAAAAAAAAAAAAGGCGCAUCCGCGGAGGCAAAAGUAACGUGCCAUCAAAGGAAAAAAAAAGAAACUCCUGAGCUGGAAAUAGUUCACAACUGCCUGGAGCAGUGACCCACAAUCGCUGUCCGCACUUACAAGUCCGGCCGCCGUCCGUGGGCAGCCCCCGGAAAGCGAGGCGGCAAGAGAAACCGUCGACAUUCGGCAUCACCGGGGUAGCUUUGCGCAACAACCACGCAUCAGUCAUCCAUCUGCCCGAAAAACAACAUCCUGAAGCUUAAUAGACACCAACUUUUGCACUUGAUAGCAUAGCGGAGCUCAUCAUGCGGUUACACUUCUUCACCGAGCUGCUCGCAGCAGGCUCGUUGUUGUUGUCGUCUGUCAACGCCUUGGAAGCAAAAUUAACCCAGCAAGAAGACAAACGGGAAAAAUGCGUCGGCAUGUACAGUCGCAGCGCAUGGGGAGGGGACAUUGACCCCUUCAUACUUGUGAGGUUCAACAAGGUCGAGGAAGAGGGAGAUCACAGGGCCAGUAUGCUCAUUUUUGAGUGGAUGGAUCAAGACCUUGUCCUGUUCCAAUCAUCGCCGGAUACACCCAAGAAACUCGCCAUCUGUAACCCCGAAAACGUCAGUGCCGGCAAUUGUAACGAGACCCAUUUGGGCGAAUACAUCGUCUCUGCCAACGUUAACAAGGAGUCCCACAACAUUGUACACACCCAAGUCGUGGAUCUCAAGGAUCCGAAGCCAUUUAACUAUCCUAUCAAGAACACCGGAUACUAUUGCAUCUUUACGGCUGAAUACACGCGGUCCGACUAUGAGGCAAUUGUGGAGUUCCGCAAUGCCUUUGGAGAGCUGCCCGCCGCACAGAUCCCAAAGCUUCCCUUCUAUGGCGGCAUCACGAUUUUGUACGCCUUGGUGGCAGUCUUUUGGGGCCUGCUCUAUUAUCGACAUCGGUCCGACAUCUUGCCUGUGCAGAACUACAUCACGGCCAUACUGAUCUUCCUGGUCGUGGAGAUGCUCCUCACGUGGGCUUUUUACGAUUAUCUCAACCGCCACGGCUCCAACACGCUCUCGAAAUUCCUGCUCGUCCUGGUGGCUGUGCUCAACGCAAUCAGGAACUCAUUCUCAUUCUUCCUGCUUUUGAUCGUAUGCAUGGGAUAUGGCGUUGUUAAGCAUACCUUAGGAAAGACUAUGAUCUACGUCCGAUACCUCGCCAUUGCGCAUUUCUUCUUUGGCCUUGUAUAUGCCGUUGCCAGUCUUGUCAUUACGCCAGACAGCGCAGGUCCAUUUGUGUUGUUGAUUGUCCUACCACUGGCUGGAACACUCACUGCUUUCUACGUAUGGACGCUCAACUCGCUCAACUUGACGCUCAAGGAGUUGAAUGAGCGAAAGCAGCACGUCAAGGAGGGCAUGUACAAGAAGUUGUGGUGGUGCAUCCUGAUCAGCAUCAUUGUCAUUUUCGGUUUCUUCUUCUUCAGCAGUUUCUCCUUCACGUCGAUGCGCGACCCUGACUACGUCCCGUUCCACUGGAAGACCCGCUGGUUUAUGUUGGACGGCUGGUUGAACCUGGUGUACUUUGCCGACGUCGCCUUCAUUGCCUACGUUUGGCGACCCACUGCCAACAACCGUCGCUUCGCCAUGUCAGAUGAGAUCGCCCAGGAGGACGAUGGUACGUUUGACAUGACAAAUAUGGAUAUCGGCGCCCCCGACGACUCGGAUGACGAGGAGGCAAACAUUGGUACGAAACCAGCCACCUCGACCCAUACGGCGACUCAGACAAACGGUGGAGCACCUUCUAAUGCCAGGAGCGGCCCUACUGCGACUCGGAAUGCGGGGCCUGCCGCCAGAGACUCAUUGGAUGGAGAGACCAUAUUCGCUGUUGGCGAAGACCUGGACAAGUUCUCUGACGACGAUGAAGACUCGGAGGAAGAGAGAGGCCUCGUGAAGAAGAGCAACAAGUAAACAGCAUCCGGUCGGACGCUCCGGGGUAGGGGUAUAGAGGCUUGUGUAGUAUUCUCAUGUUUGGAAAGAAUAGACCUACUGCGAGAGAUAGCAGAUAUUUCGUGUAGUAUAUUUCAUGAAGCAAGAUAUUUGGAGCAUCUGCAAGUCAAGUUUUUUUUUAUCACUCGGUUCAGGCGUGGGCUGCUAUAUUCGUUGUAUCACUUUCCUGGGUAGAUCGUACUCCUUG